AUGCCGACAUGCGAUUCCUUCUACGCGUGGGAGGCCACCAGGCUCGUCCUCAUUUGGGUGACCGGGGUCAUCAUCAUCUGCUCCGCCUUUGGCGCCGGCUACAAGUACCACCACGCCACACCCUGCCACUGUGGCUCCACCGACAACGCACCGAUGCCCAGGCCCAUCAUGGCCCAGCCGCCAUCCAUGGCCCGGCCCACCACAGCUCCAACACCGGCGCCCUUUCCUGCCCGGCCGCGGCCACUGGCAGCAACUGCUCCGGCCGUCGCCGCCAUGGUGCUGCUGCCUCCACCACCGCGGCCGUCUCCGAAAGCGCCGAGCCCGAAGGCGUCCUGA